GCCGAGCCUCGAGACAUGAGCGUACCGGAAUUCCUACUGGAAGUGUCCAUUGUGGUGAUAGCCGUUGUCUCGUUGUUGACCAAUUCGUCCGUGCUGCUAUGUUUCACCCAGAGCGCCGAGUUGAGAUCCCAUGUGCCCGGACUCUUCAUCCUGAACCUCUCCUUCUCCAACAUCCUCCUCGCUAUCAUCAACAUGCCCGCCACUUUUCUCGGGGUGGCCAAAGGCGAGAAGCCCCUCGGGGACUGGUUCUGUCAGGCCGUCAGCUUUGCUGAGACUUUUCUCACCACUAAUGCCAUGCUGAGCAUGGCCGCGCUGAGCAUGGACAGGUGGAUAGCGGUGGUGUUUCCCCUGAGUUACUCCAGCAAGAUGCGCCACAGAGACGCGUUUCUGAUGGUGGCCUACUCGUGGCUGCACUCUCUCACCUUUUCCCUGACCCAGCUGCUGAUGGACUGGGGGGGAUACAGCCCCACUUACGCCUCGUGUACCGUUCACCUGGACGCGGGGGGGAGGUCGCCGCUGGCCGCCUACGCGACCUUCACGGCGCUGUUCCACCUCAGCAGCUUUGCGCUCUGCCUCCUGGUCCUGUGCUUCGCCUACCUGAAGGUUCUGCGAGUGGCCCGGUCCCACUGCAAGAGGAUCGAUGUCAUCACGGUGCAGACGCUGCUUCUGCUGGUCGAUAUUCACCCCAGUGUGAAGGAGAGAUGUCUGGCAGAACAGAAGAAGAGGAGGCAGCGCGCCACUAAAAAGAUUUGCGUCUUCAUCGGCUCGUUCAUCCUCUGCUUUUCACCCUAUGUUAUAACAAGGUUGGUGGAGUUGUUGCCCUCCGUGCACAUCCCCCGGUAUUUGGGCAUUGCCACCAAAUGUCUGUCCUACGCCAAGGCUUCCAGCGACCCGUUCGUCUACUGUCUGCUGCGGCAGCAGUACCGGAAGGUCCUGGUCAGUGUUAUCAGCCGGCUCCUGAGGAAGGACCAGUACUUGCUGUCCGCCCACAGCACAAGCAGCACGUUGGACACCACAGAUGACAACUGCGUCGCCAGGAUCACCUGA